UUUUUCGCUUCGUUUGCGCUGAACGAGAAGAGUAGUAGGCGGAGCCUCAGCUGGCGUCUGUUCUGUGCUGUGCUGUGCGCAGGCGCAACCUGGGGCAGGCCAGCGGGGUCCUUCUCACCUCUAGCUUUCUCUCGCGCGCGGCGUCGGUGGCGGCUGGGCCAGUCGGUUGGGUCAGUUUGUUUGCCUGUCUGUCAGCGAGUAAGGUGGGUGUCGACUCGAAGGAGUAAAAGAGCGCGCCAGAGAGCAAGGGAAGGGGCGGGAGACGGACUCGAGGACCGCGAGAGGAGCGGAGCGAGCGCGCACCUCGGUCUUGAGGCCAGCGAGGGAGCGAGCAAGCGAGGUAGGCAGGCUGAGGCGAUGGCGGACGUCCUGAGCGUGCUGCGCCAAUACAACACGCAGAAGAAGGAGAUCGUGGUGAAAGGGGACGAGGUGAUUUUCGGCGAGUUCUCCUGGCCCAAGAACGUCAAGACCAACUAUGUCAUCUGGGGGACAGGAAAAGAAGGCCAGCCAAGAGAGUACUACACUUUGGAUUCAAUUUUGUUCCUGUUGAAUAAUGUGCAUCUUUCACAUCCUGUCUAUGUCCGCCGUGCUGCAACUGAAAACAUUCCUGUGGUAAGAAGACCUGACAGAAAAGACCUACUUGCAUACCUAAAUGGGGAAACAUCAACAUCAUCAAGUAUAGACAGAAGUGCACCACUUGAAAUUGGUCUUCAGCGAUCUACUCAAGUAAAAAGAGCAGCUGAUGAAAUAUUAGCAGAAGCAAAGAAACCAAGAAUAGAGGAUGAAGAGUGUGUACGGCUUGACAAAGAACGACUGGCAGCUCGGCUGGAAGGGCACAAGGAAGGCAUUGUACAGACAGAGCAGAUCAGAUCCUUGUCUGAAGCCAUGUCUGUGGAAAAAAUUGCUGCUAUCAAAGCCAAAAUCAUGGCCAAGAAAAGGUCCACUAUUAAGACUGAUUUGGAUGAUGACAUAACUGCUCUUAAACAGCGAAGUUUUGUCGAUGCAGAAGUUGAUGUGACUAGAGAUAUUGUCAGCAGAGAAAGGGUUUGGAGGACAAGAACUACCAUUUUACAAAGCACAGGCAAGAACUUUGCCAAGAACAUUUUUGCAAUUCUUCAGUCUGUCAAAGCUAGAGAAGAAGGGCGUGCACCUGAACAAAGACCAGCACCAAAUACUGCACCGGUGGACCCCACUUUACGUAACAAGCAACCUAUUCCUGCUGCCUACAACAGAUAUGAUCAGGAAAGGUUUAAAGGAAAGGAAGAGACGGAAGGUUUCAAGAUUGACACCAUGGGCACCUACCACGGAAUGACUUUGAAGUCUGUAACUGAAGGAGCUUCGGCACGGAAGACUCAAACCCCAGCAGCUCAGCCUGUGGCAAGGCCAGUCUCUCAAGCAAGGCCACCUCCAAACCAGAAAAAAGGAUCUCGAACACCCAUAAUCAUUAUUCCAGCAGCUACCACCUCUUUAAUAACUAUGCUUAAUGCAAAAGAUCUUCUGCAGGAUCUGAAGUUUGUGCCAUCUGAUGAAAAGAAAAAGCAAGGCUGUCAGCGAGAAAAUGAAACUUUAAUACAGAGAAGGAAAGAUCAGAUGCAGCCUGGCGGAACUACAGUCAGUGUUACAGUACCAUAUCGUGUAGUUGAUCAGCCUCUAAAACUUAUGCCUCAAGAUUGGGACCGUGUUGUGGCUGUAUUUGUACAGGGACCUGCUUGGCAGUUCAAAUGUUGGCCAUGGUUAUUACCUGAUGGAUCCCCUGUUGAUAUAUUUGCAAAAAUUAAAGCUUUCCAUCUUAAGUAUGAUGAAGUCCGUCUAGAUCCAAAUGUCCAGAAAUGGGAUGUCACAGUGUUAGAGCUCAGUUACCACAAACGGCACUUGGAUAGACCAGUGUUCCUGCGUUUCUGGGAAACAUUGGACAGGUACAUGGUAAAACACAAAUCUCACUUGAGAUUCUGAAUUCUCGACUGCCAUUUUCUUUUUUCCAACCUUGGAUUAAGAACUUUGAAAACUGCUCUGGUCUACAGUGGAGAGAUCUCCUUGCCUACAGUUGUCAAGAGCAUUGUACAGACAAAGAAGGGAGUCAUUGUUCAAUCUUUUUUAUAAGACCUUGUUGAAUCAUCAUGUUGCAAUGACAAGCCCACAACCAGUCAUCAUUACAAGCAAGGGAUUUUGCUUAAAACUAUUUUUUAAUAACAUAAGCCUUUUAGCCUGCAAUUCAAAUGUAUAUUUUGAUAGCAGCGAUUUCUUCCCCAUUUUGUUAAACUAGCAACAUUUUUACAAUAACUUCUUUGUUCUUCAAUAGAAUAUAGGUUGAUUUUCACAAAAGGUUACGAACUUGUGUGUGUAUGUAUAUAUAGAGAUAGAGAUAGAUGUUCUAAACCACUUCGCUUCUGAGCAUAGUUCUUGGUUCUUUGCUUUAUUGUUUCACUUGUGAAAAACCUUUUGUUUUUAUUGGUAUUAUCUUCUAGUCUAAAGAACUCUAGGAACUGAGCAAAGUGAAAACUGCUUUUAGAUUACUCAAAUAUCAACCUGUACAUGUACUGUAUAUUAUUUCAGACUUUGGAAAAGGGAUGAAAAAAUCCAAAAUUGCUUCUUUUGUUAUAAUGAUAAUUUAGCAAAACUGUAAAAAGAAUAAUUACAAAUACAUUUGAAUUAUAACAUCCUCCAUGCAAAUUCCUUAAUUUAAAACUGCGUGUACGUAAUCCUCACACUGAGGUGUAUAUAAAAUUCUACAUAUGCAAGAAUAUUAAGAGUUUCGGGGCAUCUGGGAUUUUUUAAAAUCUGAGUUGGCAGAGUAGAAUCAUAGAAUCAAUUCUUUCAAUCCCAAUAUGUGUAGAUCAUUUUUCCUUAGACUUUGUUCUUAAAUUACCUUGUCAGCGAGCAAAAUGGGAGGAGACAAUUUUUCAGUCCCUACCCUCACAUCAGUGUUCAGUCAUUUUUCUAAGUUUAGCACGGGCUUAGGGAACAGAUGCAGCAUGAACUCUUCAUUGGGUCCAGGGCUUUUCACAUUACAUUGGGUAUGUGCAAAAAAGUGGCAUCUCUCCCUGCCAAGGUAAUAAAGGAACCCAGUCUUGGUGCCGUAUGAAAUCCAAAGUCACUGAAGGUCCAAUUAUAACUGGUUAAGCCAGCUUUUCAGCAUUCGCAUGAGAUAUAAACUUUUCAGUAACCAAAGAAAAUGUUUGCUUGAUCAGGAAUGAGCAUAAAAGAGGCAGGAAAAUGCUGGUAUUUCCGUGAGUUUGUAUUUUAUAAUAUAGUUACUGAAUGCUGUGUAUCAGUGGGUAUACAAAAUGAUCCUUAAACGUUCACUUUCAUAGGAAUUUUUUUGAGAUGAAGAAACCACUUAUUUCUUUUUCCAAUGCAGAACCAUGUUUUUAUGCUGAGUAUCUGAGGUUUGACCGAAGUAAAAUAUUCUAUGUAUUCUUCCUUAGUUUUGCUUUUUUUUUUUCAUUUUCUGAUGGGUUCCUUGUAUCUUGUUUCCUAACGAAAUGUUGUCUUUUCUUAUUAUCUCCUUCUUAAGAUGCAGUUGAGAUCUAAAUGACUUUCCAAAUUCUUUUCAUAUUUAUUUCUAAUAUACGGAGACUGUGACUUCUAUUUUGUUCUAGGUAGAGCAAGUAUCAACUUUUCAGCCUUUCAGUGCUUUUUAGUGAUGUUAAGAAUUCGCAAUGGUAGCAUUUUUGAAAGAAUAUCACAAUAGAAUUAGAUGAACUAAAUCAGGAAUGGAAUGUGUUUUUAAAAUAAAAAGGGAUUUCAGAAAUCUCUCCUCACACUGA